GCUGCAAUCAGUCGCAUGCCGUGAUCCGUUGAGUGCAGACCUGUCGCGUGAAAGACCCGCAUUGCGAUAAGAAUAGACGCCGCACGCCGGCGUUAAACAAAACGCAGAUAAACAAGUCACAACACGUCGAAAACACGCUCGCAAAUCAACUGAAACAAGUGAAUAACUCUAGAACAAAACAAUAAAAUCUGUGUUGUUAUUGUAAAAACAUUAAAAAUGUGACAGUGAAUCAUCUUGAACAACAUAUUGAAGAUGUUGCGAGUUCGAGGAAUGCAUCGCGACAUGUGGAGUAUGAUCACCCAAGGAACAUCACACCACCAACAACACUAAAAGCUUGAGUGAGAAUGGUUGGAAUGUGGUGGUUGCUGCUCUCGUUGGUGUGGUGGUGUGGCACGACGGCGAUACCCGCCCCCGGGCCGUUUAUGCCGCCGUCCUCUUCAACCACGAACCUGCCGGAUGCGUGGACUUGCCCGGAAAUCACUCAGCAACCGGUAGUGGAAUGCAGCUGUGACAUGCCGCACACGCUGCGUUGUUCCGGCAGUCGAGGAGCUAUGCAAAUCAUUGGUAAAAAGUUGCGUUCGAUUGGGAGCGACCCAGGUGUUUCUCUGCUUGACUGCACGAUUCAGAACAUGACAGCUUUACCAGGGUUGCUAUUGCAAGGCGUCGCCCUUCAUGGUUUGGUGAUUUCGUCCGGGGAAAUCACAGAAGUCCAUCACACGGCGUUUCAAGGUCUUGCAUCGCCUCUGCAGGCGUUAGGCCUGCCGAAUAACAAACUCACCAGCGUUCCAACUCAAGCGUUGAAGAGUUUGCCUGAAUUGGAUCGUUUGGAUCUAUCUAGCAACAAAAUGAAAUACGUUGAUGCUGAAUCUUUCAAAGGCCUUCAAAAUCUUUCUUUUAUCGAACUAAGCGAUAAUAUCCUUACGAAAAUAGCUCCGAAUGCUUUUGAUGAUCUUCCCCAAUUACGCAUACUGCGAUUAAGAGGAAACCAACUAACAGUUUACUCAAUCACCGCCAUGGACCCACUUCCAACCAUUGAGGAAUUGGAGUUAUCUGAGAAUCAAUUGCUUGGCCCCCUGGGACCUCACACGUUUCCACCGAUGGAGUCCCUUGGAGAUCUGCAGUUGGGUCACAACACUCUUAGCAGCAUCAAGAAGGACGCUCUCAUGGGUUUAACUAACCUCACGACACUUUCUCUGCAUCACAACCAAAUCGACGUGCUUGAGGACAACGCUUUCAGCCAGUUAGGCGGAUUGGUCCAUCUGGACCUAGCCCACAAUCGCAUUGUUGCAGUUUCUGGAGCUUCGCUCGCGCACCUAGUCAAUUUGCUCGAGCUGGACCUCCGACACAAUUUUCUACGUGCCCUCACGGCUGACCUCAUACUUCCCCUGAAAUCAUUAGAGGGUUUGCGUUUAGAUGAUAAUGAUAUAUCCAUUGUUGCAAGCGAUGCGUUGAAGAAUACGACAGUUUUAAAGCGGUUGACUUUGAGUGACAAUCCGUUGAAUUGCGAUUGUAGUUUGAUUGAGUUUGCUGUUUGGUUGUCGGGGUCAACACUCACAGGAGAAGAUAAAAACUCUCCGGUGUGUGCGACACCGCCUAGUUUAGAAAACGGCCUUCUUGUGAACGUAGCCGUGAAAGAUUUAGUCUGUGGAGAGGAUGAUGAAGUAAUUGGAGCAAUUGAAGCACCAAUUGAAGCUAGAAUCAACUUGGAGACGUUUAAUUAUGACGGAUCCAAUGUUAUCCUUGAGUGGAGUGUUGAAGACUCUGCGGUGCCGUACACUUGCGACGCCAUCUUUGUCUACGAAGAGGAAGGUCAAGCGGAAGUACUUCUGGAAUCAAACCCAUUGAAAUGCAACUCGAGUCAAGUCAAAAACCCUAAAAGUCUUAGAGUCACAGUACCGAGUUCCACACAUUUACAACCAGGACACCGGUAUCGAUAUUGCGUGGUUUUAUUAGAAUCCAAACAAAUGGCGGAUGAUUUAUCACUGGUUCUCGGUUGUUCGGAUGUUUUGCCAUUGGUGCAAAGCGGGCGUGUUCUACCACGUACCGAUAUUGCUUCCACCAACAGUAAGCUACCUAGAGUUAUAUCAAUCCAGGCGAAUUUAUCUUACAACGGCCAUCUUGGAAUAUUGUUAAAUAUAUACCCACAGCCCCAACUUGCAUCAUCACAGUGUGAGAUUAACAUAGCUAUUCUGGAACAAGGGGCGUUAUUAUCACAACGUCGUGUAAACUGCAGCGAACCGAAGUAUUCUUAUGUGGGAUUGAAUACAGGUCCAUACAGAGUGUGUGCAAAUAUUAUCCUUCCGAAUCCAACGCUCGAUCCGGCUUUAAAACCGCGUUGUAUCACCGUGUUCAAACACGUCGAAGCGCGCAGAUUCUCGACGCUGGACGUCGCGUUUGUAUCAAUUUUCUUGAUAUUAAGCUUCAUGGUCAUCGCACUGAUCUGGGGAGUGCGUCGAGUUCUUCUGCGACCUAAACUCACCACGCAUCAGUGUUUCUUACCGCCGGAACUUGACGACGAACAGCAACACAAUCGUUAUGUUAAACUGCAAGCGACAACGAAACUUUAAAAUCUCACGCUGAACUGAAUGUGUUUUUAAAAAUUGUGCCAUAUCAAUGAUCAAUCUAUUGAAGCGAAAUGUUUUUCGGGCGAGAUAAGAACUGCAAUCAUACUUUAGCCCAAAAACUUGCCGGAAAUCUUCUUGAUGAAGCAAUUAUCUGCUUCGGAAUUAUAAAUAUUAUACAUAUACAUAUUAUAUCUAUUCUAUAAAUGUUGUUAUUGCUGUAUUUGUUUUAUAUUUUAUUGGAUUGUAUUGUUUUGUAUGAUAUCUUGUAGGAUUUUGCACGUUUCGUCACAUUCGAAUCUUUAGAAAGCGAUGGUGUACAAAAAUAAUGUUUUUAAUUUUUUUAUUGACAUGUGUAAAUAUUCGAACAGUAUCGUCUAAUCAACACUCUAACAUCGCGAAACUAAACUAUGCAUUGUACUAACAUAGGAGAAUCGAUUGUUGCGUAUAAAUAGAUUAUCGAAAUGCGUAAUGCUUGAUUAAUUGUUUAUCGUAACUCAUAACACACUAAUCACGAAUCACGUACUAUGUACCAGUGACGGGCAAACAUUGGAAAAUUGGUUGUUUGUAAUAUAUUGUGUGCAGUAAAUGUUUUUUGUAUGACGCUUUGUACUUAAUGUUGUAUUUACUGUUUGGAAUCUCUGACAAACACUCUGAUUUUACUUGGUAUAGUUCACUGCCUUAUUGUAAAAAUUGAAGUAAAUAAAAUAAAGUAUGAAGAAAA